AUGGGGCUGCAGUGCCCAACCUUGGCUUGUGCCAGCCAGAACCUUCCCAGGGCCCUGGGAAAGGGGCAGCUGGUGGGGCCGGGCCAGGGCAGCUCUGAGCUGCGGCUGCCGAGGCACCAAGUGCUGCGCAUCAUCCCCACCACCGAGGAGGAGCUGCAGAAGGUACAUGAGCUGCAGGACAUGGAGGAGCUGCAGCUGGACUUCUGGCUGCCACCCCGUGUCCCUGGGCACCCCGUGGACAUCCGAGUGCCCCUACCCAGCCUCCAGCCCCUCAAAGAGCACCUGGAGGACAACGACAUCUCCUACUCCAUCAUGAUCAAGGACGUGCAGGCACUGGUGGAAGACGAGCGGAUGGAGAUGCUCCCACGCCAGCUGGUGCUCUCCACUGACAGCUUCAACUACGCCGCUUACCAUACCCUGGAUGAGAUCUACGCCUUCAUAGACCUGCUGGUGGCCGAGAACCCCAACCUGGUCAGCAAGCUCGAGAUCGGCCGGUCAACGGAGGACCGUCCCCUCUACGUGCUCAAGUUCAGCAGAGGGGGCACGAACCGCCCGGCCAUCUGGAUCGACACCGGCAUCCACUCCCGGGAGUGGGUGACACAGGCCAGCGGGGUCUGGUUUGCCAAGAAGAUUGUCGAGGAUCACGAGAGUGAUGAGGGUCUGGCCUCUGUCCUGAACGAGCUGGACAUCUUCCUGGAGAUAGUCACCAACCCCGACGGCUUCGCCUUCACCCACACCCAGAACCGCAUGUGGCGCAAGACCAGGUCCAGGCACUCGGGCUCCCUUUGCGUCGGUGUGGACCCAAACCGCAACUGGAACGCGGCGUUUGGAGGCUCUGGGGCCAGCAGAAACCCCUGCUCAGAGACGUACCAUGGACCCUACGCCAACUCGGAGCCCGAGGUGAGGGCCAUCGUGGACUUCGUGAACAACCACGGGAACAUCAAGGCUUUCAUCUCCAUCCACAGCUACUCCCAGCUCCUGCUCUACCCCUACGGCCACACCAGCACCCCAGUGCCUGACCACGAGGAACUGCACGAGAUAUCUAAGGAGGCAGUCACAGCUCUCUCCUCUCUCUAUGGCACUAGCUACAAGUACGGCAGCAUCUUCACCACCAUCUAUCAAGCCAGCGGAUCUACUGUUGACUGGACAUACAACCAGGGCAUUAAAUACUCCUUCACCUUCGAGCUGCGGGACACAGGGCGCUACGGCUUCCUGCUCCCUGCCAGCCAGAUCAUCCCAACGGCCCAGGAGACGUGGCUGGCGCUGAAGGUCAUCAUGCAGUACACGCUGGAGCAUCCCUACUAA